AUGCCAGGCCCACAUGGAGUUUGCAGCUUUGGUUAUCAGUUUGAUAACUACACAAACACCAAGAUGUCUGAUAAUUCACAGACUGAAUCUCGUUUAUCCUCAGAAACACUAAAUCUAACUUGUCGCAGGCCCUCUCUUGAUAAAAUUAUGCUUUCUUACGCAAUUACUCCGCACUUACGAGCAUACUAUGGUGAUUACUACUCAGUUAUGCACUUGCCCUUCGACGGGCGUUCCAUCAAAUGCCUUGUUUCUAGCUAUACAGUUCUUGAACACCUGUUAUCCAUAGACUAUAAAAGCAUCACAUACAACUGCAAGUCGCUAGCCACCUUAGAUCUUCAAAUUAUCAGCUUGCAUGUCCGGUUGCUAUUGCUAGAGCUACACCAACGUAACUUGCGAAAUCGAUUCAAUGAAUACUAUCGGCAAGACAGCAUGCGACUAGCAACUGCCAUAAACGUAGAGCUGCCAGCUUGUGAGUUUCUUAUGACUCAAUUGGACAAGUUCUUACAGGACAAGAUAGUAGAAAUCUGGUGCGUUGAGGCUGUGCUUGGCGAGCGGUCGGAUAUACACUAUAUGUGCUAA